CUACCACACUCAACACACAAUACACACACAUACACUAUUCUGCUUGCUUUGCUCCUUUUUCAUUUCAUUCUCUCUCUUCAUUACUCCAAGCUUCGAAUCUCUAUCUGUCUCUUUCUUUAAUGGCUUUCCAUUCUACAACCAGUCACCAUCUCAAACCCAACUACUCCUCUUCUUCCUCUUCAUCUUUGUCCUCUUCCAUUCCUCCAUGUUUCUCUUGCAUGUUCUCUUCUUCCUCACCUGAAUCACGCUUUUGACUUCUCCAACAACUGACUACAAUGUCUUAUACCCCUUUUUUCAUUCUAGCUUUCUUCUCUUUGAUCCUCUCUUCUCUUCAUCUUUCAUUUGCCAAUACUGACUCUACUGAUGUUCAAGCUCUUGAGGUUAUGUACAAUGCGUUGAAUAAUCCAACUGAAUUAACGGGUUGGAAAAUUGGCGGCGGCGAUCCAUGUGGAGAUUCAUGGAAAGGGAUUACUUGUGACGGUUCAGCUGUUGAUUCAAUUGAUCUCUCUGGUUUAGGACUCCAUGGAACUCUUGGAUAUUUGCUUUCAGACCUUAUGUCACUGAAAAAGCUUGACUUGAGUGGUAACAAGAUCCAUGAUACAAUUCCCUAUCAAUUGCCACCAAAUCUUACAAGCCUAAAUCUAGCAGGAAAUAACUUAACGGGAAAUCUUCCUUAUUCCUUUUCUGCCAUGGUUUCACUCACUUAUCUGAAUGUGAGCAAUAACGCACUCUCUCUGUCAAUUGGUGACUUUUUUGCUAAUCAUUCCCGUCUUGAUACCGUGGAUCUAUCAUUCAAUAACUUUUCCGGGGAUCUUCCACCUUCAUUUGAGUCACUUACAAAUCUCUCUUCUCUUUUCUUGCAGAACAACCGAUUGACCGGCUCUCUCACUGUUCUUGCUGGUUUGCCUUUGGAUACUUUAAAUAUUGCAAACAAUAAUUUCAGUGGAUGGAUACCUCACGAGCUUAAAUCUAUCAAUAAUUUCAUAUAUGAUGGAAACUCUUUUGAUGACGGCCCUGCACCUCCUUCGCCAGAAUCAACUUCGCCAGAAUCUACUUCUCCCCCACCUAGUGAACCUCAUAAAAGUAAUCAUCACCCCAGGUCUGGUUCACAUACUAAAACACAGGGUUCUAAUUCUGAUGACCAUAAGGGAACGUCAGUGGGGGCCAUUGUAGGAAUUGUUUUAGGUUCAGUGUUGGCGUGUUCUAUUCUGCUAGUUGCUCUUGUUUUCUGUAUUCGAAAAAUAAAAGGGAAGGAAAAAGGUCCAAGAACUUCUAAUGGAAGCCUUCCUCCUGGAGGAAUCGUUAACGUAACUCCUCAGAUGCAGGAGCAGAGGGUGAAAAGUGCUUCUGUGAUUACAGAUCUCAAACCUCGUCCUCCGUCAGAAAAUGUGACGAUGGAUAGAAUGCCUGUAAAAAGUGGAUCUGUAAGGCAGAUGAGGUCUCCGAUAACUUCCACUUCUUACACAGUUGCUUCCCUCCAGAGUGCAACAAAUAGCUUCAGUCAAGAAUUCAUUAUUGGUGAAGGUUCUCUUGGUCGAGUAUACCGGGCUGAAUUCCCAAAUGGGAAGAUAAUGGCCGUUAAGAAGAUUGACAACGCGGCACUGUCCUUACAAGAGGAAGAUAAUUUUCUUGAAGCUAUUUCAAAUAUGUCUCGUUUGCGGCAUCCAAAUGUUGUUACACUGGCUGGAUACUGUGCAGAACACGGCCAACGGCUUCUAAUUUAUGAACAUAUUGGAAAUGGAAAUCUGCACGACAUGCUCCAUUUUGCUGAAGAUAGCAGUAAAGCUUUACCUUGGAAUGCCCGCGUGCGCAUAGCUCUUGGCACAGCCCGGGCCUUAGAGUAUUUGCACGAAGUUUGCUUGCCCUCGGUUGUACAUAGAAAUUUCAAAUCAGCAAAUAUAUUACUCGAUGAAGAGCUCAAUCCUCACCUUUCUGACUGUGGCUUAGCCGCUCUGACACCAAACACUGAGCGACAGGUAUCAUCAACUCAAAUGGUUGGUUCAUUCGGUUAUAGCGCUCCUGAAUUUGCAUUAUCAGGAGUAUACACUGUAAAAAGCGAUGUUUACAGUUUUGGCGUGGUUAUGCUUGAACUUCUAACUGGUCGGAAGCCACUUGACAGUUCAAGAGCAAGAGCUGAACAGUCGCUCGUGAGGUGGGCUACGCCGCAACUCCAUGAUAUCGACGCCUUGUCAAAAAUGGUUGAUUCCUGUUUGAAUGGCAUGUAUCCUGCAAAAUCUCUUUCACGCUUCGCCGAUAUCAUCGCCCUCUGUGUUCAGCCGGAACCGGAAUUUCGACCGCCAAUGUCUGAGGUGGUGCAAGCAUUGGUCCGGUUAGUGCAAAGAGCAAGUGUGGUUAAAAGGAGACCAAGUGAAGAAUCUGGUUUCGGUUACAAGACACCAGAUCAUGAGGGCAUAGACAUAUCAUUUUAAAAGCUUAUGUCUUUUCAACUCUCUUUUGCAAUUUUGUGUAAAGUCUUGAAGUUAUUAUUCAGCUUAAUUUUUUUUAUAGGACACAGGAAAGAGUAGAAGUUUGUGAAAAAAAAAGGUACUACAAAAAAUUGAAGAUAUUUGUAAUUAUGUGUGUUGGAAUUUUUCACACACCAUGAAAAUACUUUGGAAAAUAAACUGUAUAUUUAACUUGACGUGCUCUAAUAUAAUGUGAUUUUUAAUGCA